AUGACAACGUCUGCUGUUCAUCUGGAAUUGGUCACCGACUAUUCAACGGAUGGAUUCAUUGCCACGUACCGACGGUUCGCAGCAAGAAGAGGCAUUCCAAACACCAUCUACUCCGACUGCGGAACGAACUUCAUCGGAGCAGAUUCAGCACUGAAGUCAAUGUUCAUCGAGGGCACUCAAGACAAUCAACGAUUGGCCAAGCUGUUCGUCAACGACCAAACAACUUGGAAUUUCAAUCCACCUGUUGCACCGCACAUGGGAGGAAAGUGGGAGGCAGAGGUCAAGUCUGUCAAAUACCAUCUCAGACGCACGAGUCAGGUGGCAUCUUAUACAACAAAAACUACAACAAUUUUGGAAGCGCUGGUCAGCUCAACACCUUCAACGAAUGCAGUCAAUCUCGAAGUGGCAUCACCCUUCCAACAACAUCAACGUUGGAUCUCUGCUGCUGCUUACAGACGAGCGCUUCCCACCAUGCAAGUGGCCUCUUGCUCGAGUGUUCGCAGUUCACCCUGGACCAGACGGACUGACAAGGGUCGUCACGAUCAAGACGGCCACCACAACUCUAACUCGGCCAAUUGCAAAGUUGGCUCUACUACCAGUAGCAGAUCAGGACUCAUCACCAUCUUCUACGAGCUGCUGAUGGCGGGCGGAAUGUUCUAA